AUGCAUCCAAGAAGCACCACAAAGAGUAAUGCGUACACCAACCAGUCUCUAAUUGCGUCUUUUAGUUCAAUUUCGUUGUCAAACAGACUCAUCUUGUUUGUUUUUGUUACAAAUAUUUCAUCGUCUUUCGUACACCUUCUUUUUGUACAGCUGGUAGCAGAUCUCCAGAAAGAGGAACGAGACCAGGAAUAUCAAGAAGAAGACUGCGCUGUUCAGAAAGACGUCGCUAUAAUCGUCUUCUAUACUAACGAGCAUUCUGCUCCUUUUCUGAAAAUUAUCCAGCAAAUUUUGCCCAUGAUCAACGACUUGAAAGUACGAAAGGAAAUUGACAAAACGAGUGCAUUUUGUCAUAAGAAGCCAUUUGGAAAGGGAUCCAGAAGAUGCGAGAGAUGUGCAAACCACAGGGGAUUCAAUAGGAAGCACGGAAUGAAUCUGUGCAGAAGAUGCCUGCAUAUCAAGGCUGAAAUAAUUGGAUUCAAGUCACUUGACUAA